AUGCCGUCCCUGGGAUCAACUGUCGUCGCGGCGCUCCACCUCGCGGCUAUCCCAUGCGUGGCGAUGCUCGUGAUGAGCGCGCUCGUGUACGUGGUCCACGUCCCAAAGGUGAUGAUGAGCGCCUUCCAGCACCUCGCCGCUGGCAUCGUCCUCUCCGCCGUCGCUGUCGAGCUCGUACCAAUUAUCAACGAGGCGCCGGCCGACCUCGCCAACGUCGUUGGCAUUGUCAGCGGUUUCGCGGCGGGCGUGGCUCUCUUCCUGAUCCUCGCCAAACUCUUCCCCGAGGGAGAUGACGACGGAGCCGGCGGAGCUGACGACCGCCGCUCGAGCGCGCUGCUGCCCGAGGGCCGCAAGAGCGGCGGCGGCCGCACCUCGCUUGGCUCCAAGAUUGCAUUCGCCGAGAAGUCGAUUUCCGCGCGCAAGGCGCCCGCCUUCCCGGUCGCCUUCACCGUCGCCGUACUCGUCGACAGCGGCGUCGACGGACUGCUCAUCGGCCUCUCCUCUGCUGCGGGAGCGAGCGCGGGGUUCGUCAUGGCUGUCGCGCUCACCAUCGAGAUGGGCUUCCUCGCGCUCACUCUCGCGGCGGUCAUGCGCAGGCAGCCGCUUUGCUCGGCCGCACUCGUGCUGCUCGGCGCCCCCGCCGCCCUCGCCGCCGGCGCAGGGGUUGGCGCCGCGGUGGCCGCCGCCGUCGCCAGCUCUCCCGCCCUGCACACGGCACUUGUCUCGUUCGGCAUCGCCGCGCUGCUCUACCUCGCGCACGAGGGGCAGGAGGAGGAGCACGUCUGGUACGUCGACCUCUGCUUCUUCCUCGGCUUCAUGUCCGCCUUCCUGCUCGAGAAGCUCUCCUAA